AGAUUUACUUCAACCUAACUUGACUUGGUCAGAUACAAGCAGUAACACAACAAAUUUGAACCUCUGGGUGCCAUGGCAGAACAGGGAGUCACCAUUUCUCAUGGAAUCUCAUGCCCGGCAAGGCACAAGAAGCAUUUUGAAAAAAUGGACCUAGAAAAGUGUAGAGAAAUCCAUCACUUGUUUGCCUUGCCAGGACCUGGACUCCAGGAGCUUAAACUGGAUACCAGAAGCAGUACUGGAAUUGUAGGCAGUGACGAGGAUUUAGGGGAGCCCCUGUUCCGAAUCCUCCUGGAUGUGACCCAGUUCAAACCCGAAGACAUUCUUAUCCAGGUGUUUGAGGGGUGGCUGAUGGUCCGAGGGCAACACGGGGCACGGAUGGACGAGCACGGCUUCGUGUCACGAAGCUUCACCAGACAGUAUCAGCUGCCUGAUCAUCAAAUGCAGGCAGGAGACCUGCGAGCCAUGCUGUGUCUUGAUGGAAUACUGGUGGUGGAAACCAAAGAAAGAUGGUGGGCAGCAUCUGAUUAGCUCUUGGCAAAGCUUUCUGAGUCUUGACCACAUGCAUCGAGGAAGGAAUGGAUGUCAUUUUAAGAUUGUGGGGUUAUUCUCUGAGUGGUAAAAGGAGAUGAUUGAUUGUGUAGUGUGCUGUAAUCAAUGUGAAUAAGGCCAGUGUGCACAACAGUGUAAUAUUUUGCAUAUAUUUGACAAUUUUGACAACAUACAAUAUACUGUUUUCCAAUAUGUGCAAAAUAAAUAUGAAACACUAUAUUUUUUACAUUUGAAAGAUGGAUGGAAGUGUAGAUCGAUAAUAAAUAUAUGCAUUUAAACCUUGGUGCUGUGUUUUA